UGGAAAUUAUUUGGGCUCUAAAUUCGAAAAUAGAAUUAUCAUUAGGACUCCUGAACCUUGGAUAUUAAAUAAAAAUUAUGAACGUACUUCGGUUUAUCUUGAUGAUAAUAAAACCAUUCAAUUAUUUAUUGGAGAAUCCACCGUUCAAGUAUGGCAUAAAAGAAAAAGUGAAACAUCAUCUUCAAAACUAUCAUUUUCAUCAUCUACGAGAGUUCUUGAAUAUAUUUGGACGAAUAAUUCUAAUGGACCAAUGCAAAUUCAAUCUUUGGAAAUUGGUCAUAAAGAAUUCUCAUUAAUAUUAUAUAUUCCUUCUAGAAAUUCUCUUUCCGAACCUGGAGAAAAAAUUAUACUUGAAUGGCCUGAAAAAGUCAAUUGUCCAGUACAUGCUUGUCAAGCAUUAGAAUUUUUUAACGAGAAAAAAGAUCAACCUUUAGAUCCAAAAAGACAACAUCAAUUUGAUGAUUUG